UCUCUCUGGAACUUCUGCUGAAACAUGUUUCGCUCCGAUGAACAUUCAGCGACUGACAGCCGAGAUUCGCUCAGGAACGCGGGUAGGUCUUCAGGUAAAGUGUCCCUUAUUGUCCGAUUAUAAACGCAAACUUACCGAUCAGGUUCCUGUAGCAGCAACAGUCUAGAUCUAUACGCAGUUUGUGCUCGGUUCAAUUCUCAGCUGCAGCACCAGCUGUUCUGGCUAAGGUUUCCCGGGUUUUCUCAGUCACCCCAGAAACAGUCCGGUAUAGUAAUCCGAUUUGGCCACAAGCGCCCCCAUCCCACCGUUCGACUCGACAUGUUCCAGCUACUGACAGAUUGUAACGCAACUUGCCGAUGCGAAAUGCGAUCCUCAGUUCUCAGACAGACGAGGGGAAGGCAGCAGCUGAAGGAAAGGAGAGACAAAGAGACAGCGGAACCGGGUCUCUGCGGGAUACUUAAGGCGCGACCGCAGCGUCGCGGCGCAGUCAGUACGGUCAGUACUCGCGGGACCAUGAGCCGGAUCGCACAGCCGCCGCUGCUGCUGCUGCUAGUGGUCGCGUCCGCCGCCAGCAGCUCCCGGCUCUUCCGCAUCCCUCUGGACGCCAACAGCACUUUCUCCUGGAUUCUAGAUUACCCGGCAGGCACUGUCAGCGUCGAGGUGCACACCCCCGGCGGGAGAGACCACUGGGUAGCCGUCGGUUUCUCUGACUACGGAUCUCUCUUGAGCGCAGACCUCUGUGUGCUGUGGAGAGACUGGCGGGGACGCGCACACAUGCAGGACACCUGGGCCGGGCCGGACGGCCGCCUGGUCCUGGACUCGCAGCAGGACUGUCAGGGCUUCAGGCACGUGCAGCGUGAUGACGUCAUCAAGUUCACCUUCACGCGGCGUUUCGAUACCUGCGACCCGCAGGAUUACAUCAUAGAGGAGGGCACGACACACGUGGUGUGGGCGCGGGGCAGAGGCCCCCUGUUUCGACUGGAGGGUCUCAACGUGUCUGGUGCCGCUCAGAGCGGUAUGCAGCGGGCGCAACUACUGAAGAACACGAGCCCCUCCCCCUCGCACCCCAGCGACACGUGGCACCAUGACAUCCUGAACAGCGAGGUGAGAGUGCCUGGGGACGACACGACGUACUGGUGCCGCGUGCACAGGCUGCCGGCCGCGCUACGCACCAAGCACCACGUCCUGCAGUAUGAGGCAGUGAUCCAGCCUGGGAACGAGGCACUCGUGCACCACAUCGAGGUGUUCCACUGCGAGGCACCAAGCACCCACACGAUGCCCGAGUACCAGGGACCCUGCUUCUCGCACGAGCGUCCCGAGGUCACUAAGGUCUGCAAGAGGGUGCUGGCUGCAUGGGCCAUGGGGGCCUUGCCCUUCAGCUACCCUGAGGAGGCUGGCCUGCCCAUUGGAGGGCCAGAUUUCAAUCCCUACGUCAUGUUAGAAGUACAUUACAAUAACCCAGAGAGGAGAACAGACUGGGUAGACAGCUCAGGGGUGCGCAUGUACCUCACCCCAACACUGCGGCGCUUUGAUGGUGGGGUCAUAGAGCUAGGGCUCGAGUACACGGACAAGAUGGCCAUCCCGCCGCAGCAACCAGAGUUUGUACUCAGUGGCUACUGCAUCGCAGAAUGCACAGCAGUGGCCGUGCCACAGGAGGGCAUCAUUAUCUUCGGAUCUCAGCUGCACACCCACCUGACAGGCAUCAGGGUGUUCACACGGCAUAUCCGGGAUGGCAGAGAGCUACCUGAGCUGAACCGCGACAACCACUAUAGCACACACUUCCAGGAGAUUCGUUCGCUCAAGCGGCAAGUCAGGAUACUCCCGGGAGACGCACUCAUCACAACCUGCUGGUACAAGACCACAGAUCGUGACAACAUCACAGUGGGAGGCUUUGCCAUCAGCGAUGAAAUGUGUGUCAACUACGUGCACUACUACCCUAAAAUUGAUCUUGAGGUCUGCAAGAGUUCCAUCAGCUCUGACAGUCUGAACACAUACUUCAGGUUUCUCCGCGAAUGGGAGGGCCAGGCCACUGGACUGGAUCUGGGGAUCUCUGACAAUUACAAAGCAGUGCACUGGACUCCAAUGAGGGCCCGCAUACUCCAGGAGCUGUACCACGAGACUCCCCUGUCCAUGCAGUGCAACCAGUCCACAGGGGAGAGAUUCCCAGGCUACUGGGAGAACAUGCCAAUCACACCUGUGUUAUUCCCACUGCCGCCCCAUCCCAGGGACUGUGCCACACAUCCCUAGGAGCCCUGGCCCUGUAGUCAAGUGUAGACACAUUCUUGUAUAAUAAACACUGAAGGCAAUGCAACACUU